AUGGACUCGUGGGGUACUGAAAGUGUUCUUGAUCCAUGCUCUUCAAUUCAUGAAGUUACAUUUCAAACGAUGAUGACAACCGGAUUUUUCGAUCUAUCCAACGACAUAGCACUAUGCUCUGAAUUCAAAUCACUUGUCGAUAUCGUCGACUCACCAGCCAAUCCAUACGCAACCUGGUGUUCUUGGCUACCUAACAUGUUGAUGUUCCGCAAAAUUAUAUCAGCGGUUCGUAUGUACCUUAUUGUUCGACAGCAAGUCAGAAUGCGGAAAGCAAGCGGAGUGACAAGGAAUGAUGCGGUUCAACACAUGUUGGAUGAUGGAGAAAGUACUACACAAAUAUUCGCGUUCAUCCUCGGACUUUCGCUAGCCGGAGCCCGCGCGACCGGAACAAUAGUAUCGUGGCUGAUCAUGCGACUAUCCACCAACCCCGAGUGGGCCCGAAACAUCCAAGCGGAGAUCCAAACCUUGCUCUCGCGUACUCCUCAGACUUCUCUUUCCUCCAUCACCCUCCAAGAGUGGGAGACUCAAACCCCAAUGCUCGAUCGCUGUAUCCGUGAAACCCUCCGAACAUCCCAGCCUUACUCGGCGAUGCGUCGCAAUACAGGACCUGCAUUCACGGUGGGAGAGUACGCAAUUCCCACUGGAGCCCUUGUGGUUUACCCAUUUUCGGAUACUUCCCUUAACCCCGCAUAUUACCCUGACCCGAGGUGCUGGGACCCGAGUCGGGAAGUUAAAAAGGAGUUCAUUUGCUGGGGCGCGGGGAAACACGGGUGCAAGGGGCAGAGACUGGCGAUGUUGAACAUGAAGCUGGUUGUGGUAUCGAUGCUGACGCAGUUUGAUGUUGUGGUUGAGGCCACAGACCUGGAGCCUGAUUAUAAUGAUUUUAUGACUUGUCGACCGCGGGGGAAUCCUAGCAUUCGAGUUGUCCGAAAAUAG